AAACACCUCUACAUUGUUAUUAAUGUAAAGUCGCGGUGGAUAAGUUUUAAAUUUAUUGGUAUGAGUAAUUUCAUCCCAAGGAAAUGAUAUAGUUAAUUGUAUUGAUUUAUUCACUUUAUUAUAUAUGGAGUAUAACAAUGUUUGAAAAAAAAAUGAAUAUCAGGGGGAUUUAAUAUUUUAAUGUGUUGGUAGCCAAACCAAAAGACUGGACAAUGGCAAAAUUUCAAUUAUACACGAUUGUUGCGCCCUGCUUUAUUAUCCUAGUGUGUCUAAGUGGAAUGGAAGCUGCAGGAAAGUUUACGUGGCUUCAGAGAGACAGAUUUGAUGAAAUUGUUGGAAAAUACAUCAAUGCUAUAAAGGGACAUAACUGUGCACCAAGAUCAAAAGCUGAUAUGAUGAUGAGGGAUGAUAUUGUUACACAAAUUCCGAAAGCAAACGAGCUUCUCAGUAAAGUUUUCUAUUCAAAUAGAUCUGUGUUUGUACAUAUGCACAAUAUGGCUCUUAAUAGGGCAUUUUUCAUGAGUUAUAUAUUACAACGAAUGAAUAGUACAGAAGACUAUUCUAUACAACCUAAUAUUCAUUAUCUCUAUAUGUCAGUAACAGCAGAUAUAAAUGCUAAUCCGUAUGCCAUUAACGGAUCAUCCAUCAUUUUUGAUCAAGAUGUCUAUUAUCCGAACUGGUUGACAAACUUAGAUUUUAAUAAAACUAUUCCACUGUUCGGUGUAAAAGGUUGGCGGAAAGACAAUACUUUUGCACAAGGAAAUUUUAUUCGGGAACCUAAUAGACGAGUUGUCCAAUGCCAAGACCUGGGAGCAGGAAACAAUAAGAAUUAUACCAAUGACGGAUAUAAGAUGAACCCUUGGUAUAACUUUUGGUUACCGGAUUUAGAUGGACAGGAAGACAAAUCUAAUAAGUUUACGUAUAGCGUAGGAAUUCGAUAUUCAAACGUUACGGGAAAAUUCAUCAAAGAAGAUUUUGAUGUCUUCAAUUUUUUUGGACCAAAUCUACCUAGUCAGAGCGAAAAAGACAUUGGGAAAAUGCCAGUAAGAUUUACAGUACCAUAUUUUGAUUGUGGAAGAUCAAACACAUGGAAAGUAAGCGCCGUAGCCCCAAUCGUUGAUUUCUUUCCAAGAUAUUCAAAUUAUACGCACAUGAGGCGACAGAGAUUUGUUGGAGUGGUUACUAUGGAUACGGAUUUUAUGAAAAUUGACUUUAACCCAUGUGGAAUCAGCGCUGGAAAUCCUGGACCAAGCUACCUUGCAGGGGUAGCAAGGUGUAAAGAUCACACUGGAUGCAAAGCUAAAAGCGGUAAAGGAUAUGGGCGUGGAGGAUAUAUCUGUCACUGUAAGGGUAAAUACGUUUAUCCUAUGGAUAUCCAAGGACCAUACGAUGGAAAACUGAUUGAAAUGUCCACCAAUGAGGAGCGAGCAAACAGUUUUAAUUGCAUACGUGGCGACCAUUACCGCGUUCUUCCCGUUGUUGACCAGAACGCUGACGUCACAGUUGAAUUUGGAGUGGCCAAUAUCAAUACUCGUAAGAGGAGGUCACUUAUGUCAAUCAAUGAAACGGAUACCGUGAACCAUGGAAGUGAAAAACAUGGAAAAGUUGAAUUCCGAGAAAGAGAAACUGUAAAGGAAACUAUCAAGGUUGAGUUUGAACAAAGUCAGAAGAAAAAGGAGAAGAAAAAGCGAAGAAAGAGAACCACGGAUUACGGAGAUAGGUCCGACUUUGAUCAAAUGCGCUUUGAUAGAAUGAUCAGGAUUUUCAGACAGAAAGUCAGUAUAAACAAAGACAAUUGCAAGAGUGUCCCUGCAAGUUCUCUUAACUUGCCAGGAGACGCCGCAUAUGACGUUGAAAAUCAAUUUAAAUUUCAAGGAGCCACGGCUCUUAGAGUAUCACAUUUUCUAACAUUGUUCUUGGAAACUGUUCAGAUAUCGGACAAUUUUGGUAAUCUAAGAGGAGGGGGUAGACUUCAUCAGGAUCACUUAUUUGGAGAAGUUUUAGCUAACGUAAUGGCAGAUCAUAGAAUUUUAUCUAGUGGAAUAUUCUUCGAACCAUACAUUUUUGUAAACCAGGACGGAACUUCUAAAGAACUUUUUGGUCCUUACGCUUUCAAAGAUCAAGGCGUUGCUAAGGCUAUAGAUAUGGCAGGUUUACCAAGAAAAUAUAUCUUUGAAGACUGGUACCAGAAUAUUAAACAGAGCUGGGAAACAAAUACGGUUAAACUGAAGAAACAUAAAAUGAAUCAAUUAGUUCGCUCAGACGCAAAAGGGACCAGCUCAAUAAAAUUUGAAUAUUAUCCAAUAAGCUACUAUGCUCCUAAAUAUGAAGAUGGUCUGUGGUCUCAUCCAAAGUUUAAAUGCGAUGGAAUGGUAGAUAACUGGGUUAUGACAUACAGUAUUCCUUUCUUCCGAAGGGAUUAUGUUGCAAAGAAAAACAAAUUUGCAGGAGUUGUUACUGUCGAUGUACCUCUUGAUAAUUUGGAAAUAAACCAAUGUCCAAUGGCAUUUAGUGUUGCUAAUGCAUUUAAAAAUACAGCUAGAUGUCAUAAGUCUACUAAAUGUAAAAUGAUUCCUGGAUAUAAAUACUCACGAGGAGCAUACCGAUGUGAUUGUAAACAGGGAUACGAGUACCAGUUUGCCGAUGGAAAGAAUUUUAUAGAAGGAAGUUUAGUCGAGCUGGAAUAUGAAAAGAAAGUCAAGGGAUUGUUCAGUCGGUUUGAUUCGCUAGUAUGUCGAGUACAAGGGGGUGCCACUGCUGUCAAUGUGAAUUACAUCUCGGUAUUGAUAGGGAUGAUUGUGGCAUUAAUGAUGUCCAGAUAUAUAGAGUAAAACUCACCUAGAAAAACAUAAUAUGUAUCAUCAGUUCCAAAACAUAUACAAGAGAACAUUUUUCAUUUAUAACGUAUAUGAAGAGGAGAGACAAACAAUUGUAUCUAGAAAUGUUCAUGUAUCAUCAGUUUUGACAAUUUAUGAGGAUUGACAUUCUUACAUUCCGCAAUUGAUAUUAGAUUGUGUAUAUUUUAGAACCUAAAUACGUGUUUAUCUACCAAGUAGGACAUAUAACGUCUUCAGUCAUGAAAUUGGUGUAUUCAUGCCAUUUUGGUGGAUCAACCAACGAACACAUACCUGUUACUCAAAUGGAGACUGAUAGAGUCUUGUAAAUUGACAAUUAAGUAAUCAUAAAACAUUGCAUAUAUGCAUUCCAUUCAAUUAUUAUUAUUACAGGAAACUGUAUUAAUCAAGAAAGUAAUGCAUUAUCUUAAACGUUACUGUGACAGUGCUAUAUUGUUGUAUUGAUGAAUUCCUUAUUUUUGAUUUUUAUAUUUAUAUCUUUUACAAUGACUUGAAAUCCAUUUUUAUGAAUCUCAUUAUUUGAUGGAAUGAGAAAAAGUUGGGGGUUUUUAGUUAUCGUUUUCAGUUUUGACCAAACUGUUCCUGUGAGGCAGCUGGACUAGCCAAGGGCAUAUGGUUAAUUGAUUACAUGUCAAAUGUUGUAUUGAUUGAACUUGUUUUCAGAGUGAUUUGGAUUAUUUUUUAGGAAAUCGAAUAUCAAUACAGAUUCAUUUACGUUUAUUAAAAUUUUCACUCUUUGUUAAAACACAGCUGAAUAAAAAAAUAUACGAUGCUGAGUUAUAGUCUUAGUGAUAAAAAAAACUACCUCUGAUAUGCUCAUAAAUCAUAAUAUGGGGAUGAAAAUCUGAUCAAACCUAGCUAAUUCUAAAUUAUCUAUUUCUGUGUAAUAUGUGUAAAGAAAGGCAGCUUGAUUUCUAAAACAUAUGCUUGAUUAUAUUUGCUUCAAAUGAUUUUGUUACAAAUAAAUACCAUAGUCUUAAUGUUAAGAAAUGUAAAUGAAAUCCUUUCAAAAAAAAAACCAUGUCAUAUUUCGUUAUAGUUUAAAACAGGAAAACCUGCAUUCAUAUCAGUACUGAUUUUUCUGACCCCUCCCCUUUCCCAACAACAACCAACUCUUCGUGUAUUUUUUUCCAACACUAAUUACAGCAGUUUUUAUGAAUAUAUGUACUUUAUCUGUAUAUUAUUUUCUUCAUGACGAUUUUUUGCCUAUCAUUUUUGAAUGAAUUAAGCUUAUGCUCAAAGCAUACUGUGCAUGUUAAUAUCACUGAAUCCACAAACGGAAAAUCCUGCAAUAUUUGACUCUAAAGCACAUACAUGUAAUUGAUGUGUAAAUACGUCGAAUUCGUUUGACAAAUUGAUCAGUCGUGUAGUAUAUUAUUUUAAAAUGUCGAAAGGAUAUCUGAUACCUUUAACGACAAUGCCAUGUAUUUCAAAAAUCUGACAAAGUUUAUUGAAUUUCUUAAAUUUUCAUAAACAUUGUUUUAUUGUUUUUCUACCAAUAACAACCUGACCAUGUUAAUCAAUAUAUUUUUAUAAACCUAGUUUAUCUAACAAUAAAAAUCUGACAAAGUUAAUGAAUAGAUUUCCAUAAACCUAGUUUAUCUAACAAUGAUUUCGUUGCAGGAUUUUCUGGUGUGUCUCUUGUUAAAGUUUAUUUGCAAACUUUUGUAUAUUUUACAUUUACUUAUGUCAUCUGCCAGCAUAUUAUAUAGAUGAAUAGAUAACUACGUUCAAUGUUUAUACAAAUAAUAAAAUAUCUCAAAAGGUU